AUGACUUCGUCUUCGUCCUCACAGUAUAUUACGGAUUAUACGCCAACUACGGCAGAACCCGGAAAAUCCCCUCUCGCCCUUCUCGCAAAAACAUGCGAAACGAUUGGCCUUCCCGAAGGAUCCAUGAAAAAGACUCUCGGCUCUCCAUACCACGAGAAAAAAGAGUCCUCCCAUCAACAAAAACCAAAAGCCCCAUCACCACGAUCAACACCUCAAUCAAAAGAGCCGACACUCACAUUCCCAGGCCUUCCGAAGCCUCAAUUUCCAAUGGGAAUGCCUCCAAUGGGUUUCCCAUUCUUCAAUCCAAUGAUGGCUGCUCAUUACCCGUUCCCCGGCGCUUUUCAAAUAGCUCCAAUGGCUCAACGAAUGCCGAUUUGUCCGUUUGCUAUGAUGCGUCAACCAUGUGCUAAUCCGGCGUGUAUGACGUGUCCAGGAUCAUCGAAUGGAGUCAAAAAUGGAGGUCAAAUGAGUGCUGAAGUGAUGGCUCAAUUUGCAGCUCACCCAUUGUUCUCAAUGUACGCUGGAGCCAUGAUGCCAACUAUGACUGGAAUGCCAACCCCAACAUCCUACCAAGCCCUCUUGGCCGCUUCGGCCGCAGCCACCUCGACCGCCGCUGCCUCUACCCCAACAGACUUCUCCAAACCAUCCACGUCAUCUGCGUCCCCAAAGACGUCUUCUGAAUCUAAGAAAGCCACGUCGCCAGUCCCAACCCCCAAACGUCAGAAGACACCAGCCAAAUUCCAAUGCAACUGGGUGGAUUCUGAUGUCGCCUGUGGAAAGAGCUUUGAUGACGAGAGCGAGUUGACCAAUCAUGUUAAGAAAACCCAUGCACCAUCUCCAUCCUCCUCCUCGACAUCAUCUGAACCAUCGACUUCUGGAGGCAAAGCCGCUCGUUCUGCCACGUCAACACCCCAACGCUUCAACCCAUACUCCAAACCAGGAGCCAUGGGACCAAUGAUGACCCCAAUGGGUAUGAAUAUGACCAUGAACCCUCUAGUUCUCCCAUUUUCCCUCCAAGCCAUGUAUUCCAACAGACUCAUGCCAACCGUUGCUCAUCAGUAA